AGGAGGUGGGGGGAAACCACCGGCGGGGCGGGUCGUGUCUCCGGGCUCCCCCCGUUCUCCGUGUCCACACCACGCGCAUUGAUUGGAGCGAGGCUCGGUGCUUGGGGGCCCCGGGGCCGUCGGGACCCUCCGGGCUGGAGCGGGCGGGAGCGGAGCCCGGGCCCCGGUCUGGCGGCGGCGCCAGCAUCAUGGAAUGGCUGAAUGGUUUGGAUUGGAAGGGACCUCAAAGCUUAUCCAGUCCCACCCCUCACAUGGGCAGGGACACCUCACUGGAUCAGGGGCCCAAAGCCUGUCCAGCCUGGCCUUAAGCACCCGGAAACCGGCCCUGAGCCAUCGGUCCCGGAGCAGACACAGCGGGCCCCAGGAGGUGCAGUGUCUGAGUCCCUCUUGGUGUAUGUGUGGUAACAACAUGUCUGUCCCCCUCCUCGCUGACGCAGUGACGGUCUCAGGGGCAGAGCGGGAGACUGCCGCGGUCAUUUUUUUACAUGGCCUGGGCGACACGGGGCACAGCUGGGCUGACGCACUGUCCUCCAUCCGCCUGCCCUAUGUAAAGUACAUUUGCCCUCACGCGCCCCGGAUCCCAGUGACCCUCAACAUGAAGAUGGUUAUGCCCUCCUGGUUUGAUCUGAUGGGAUUGACUCCUGAUGCACCUGAGGAUGAAGCUGGGAUCAAGAAAGCCGCAGAAAACAUUAAAGCAAUUAUUGAGCAUGAGAUGAAGAAUGGGAUCCCACCCAACCGCAUCAUCCUUGGGGGCUUCUCGCAGGGUGGCGCCUUGUCGCUGUACACAGCUCUUACCUGCCAGCACCAGCUGGCUGGCAUCGUGGCACUCAGCUGCUGGCUCCCGCUGCACAAGGCUUUCCCUCAGGCAGCAAAUAACAGCGUGAACAAAGAUAUUGCCAUCCUGCAGUGCCAUGGGGAGAUGGACCCCAUGAUCCCCGUCCGCUUUGGGGCCCUCACAGCUGAGAAGCUGAAAUCUGUCGUCACCCCUGCCAAGGUCCAAUUCAAAACCUACCCUGGUGUGAUGCACAGUUCCUGUCCUCAGGAGAUGAUGGCAGUGAAGGAGUUCAUUGAGAAGCUGCUGCCCCGGAUCUAAGCGGAGCCAAUCGAGACUGUUGCAGGGAAGGACACCAAGGUCGCAGCCGCUGAACUUAUCCCGUGACCCGUCAGCUGCAAAUGGAAGCCAUGGCACCCACCACACCUCCCACCACACCUCUGGCCCCUGCCUCUCCCCUUCUCCCUACACCGUGUCCUCUUCAUCAGGGGUUGCCCCUCUGUCUCUGCUGCUCUUGGAGCCGAGAUUGGAGCUGUCUAAGGCAAGUCUUAGAGUGGCCUUUUCUCUCCUCCUCUUGCUCCAAGCAGUUUCCAUGGACAUCACCAUCCCCUUGACUCCCUGUUCGGGCACCACAGUUUGUGGGUCUGGCACGGCAGGGUGUUGUUGUUGGGACUGGGGUUUUCUUUAACAGUGUUAGGGGUGCGACGUGUCCCCGUGUGGUGGGAGGUGCAGUGUGGGCACAGGGCAGGGCUGGGACAUCCUCGCAGGCUCAGAGCACACCCUGCUUCUCUGCCUUUGGCCUGCCCUCUGCUUAGGUGACUCAUGGGUUUUCAUCAGAGCUCAGGAACCCGGGACUCUCCUGUGAGCACCUCAAGGCCCACGGAACAGCUCUGCUCAGGGCUGGUACCACCAAAGGCCGCCCUGUCUCCCAGUGCUGGCAGAAAGGCAUCCGUGCAGCUCCUGCACCUCUUCACAUGGGGCUCCGGCCCCGGUCCUGUCGCACACGCACACUCCCCAGCAGGCUCACCCCUGCUCCAGCAGCCUCAGCCCUUGGCUUGUGGCAGCUCUGCCCUCAAGAUAAUCGCCUCCUCCUUCUCCUGUUGCUUUUACAAUCUUCUCCUCAGCUUGGCAGGGGUCCCAGAGGCAUCUCCCCUUCCCUCAGCCCAGCUUUGUGCCCUGAGACUCAAAGCGCUGCCAUUUACAGCUGGCAUCCAAGCAGCUUUGCCAGGGAGCCUGCCGAGUGAUGCCCUGGUCCUUAACGUCUCUUUUGCUGCUACUUCUCCUUCCCUUUGGAUUCGGGCUGACCCAGGGAGGGAGAAGAGAGGAGAGGCUCCUGGCACAGCUGGAGGAAGCAAGUUUCUUCCUAGCCAUCAUCUCACCAGCAUGGAACACCCAGAUGCCGCUGUGCCCCAUCCGGCAAGGCAGUGCCGGGGUCUCCAUGCUCCCCAGGACCGGGGCUGUGGGUUCUGUUGGCUUCUCCAUGUACAAUCGCCCGUUUCCCCUGGACUCCCUCGCUUGGUGGGCUGAAGGCUGCAGCCGCGGGUUGUCCUCUCCUGGGCGGUGGCUGGGGCAUGGCAGAGCAGCUCCCUGGGCACAGAGCCCCGAAUGUCUCCUCCACGGGUGGGUUGCUGGCCGUCCCCUACCCUUCCAUUCGCUGUUGAGCAGCGCUGUCCAUCUCCUCGCCUUUCCUCCAUGGGCUGAGCCCACUGCUCUGCUGGGCCCUCCAGGUUGGAGCUGCAUGCGUCUUUUAAGGAAAACCACCACCAAACCCUCCCAUCUUAUGUGCUCCGGCUGUGGGUCCGUGCCCUGAGCACUCCUCAGCCCAGCUUGCCCGUGGGCUGUGGCCAUCCUUGCCACACUGGGGCCAGCACCUCCCGAGGGCAAGGGCUGUUCCAGGGGUAGGGGGGGGCUCGGUGCUGCAGGGCUCUGCUUCUGCCCUGCCCUUCCCUUCCCACCUGGGAUGCGCAAAGCAAUAACCUGCUCUCUGGAGAGUCAGAUCUGUCAGACCCAUCCUUGGUUGGUUUCUUGGGUUGGGGGUUGUUUUUUUUCCCCCAUUUUUGGAAGUUUUAAACCAGUAAACCUGCUGCUGGCGUCAGGAGGAGCCUGGCUCUUCCCCUACUUUUGGGGUUCAGUCCUGCUGUUCCUUCUAUGUUGUCUGUUUGAAAGCUGCUGUGUCCUCCCCUCCAUUGGGCAGGUGGAGAGGCAAGAGGGGCCAGCUGGGAUGGGAACGUAGCUCCCUGCAGGUCACCAAGGGUGGGCGGACAGACAGACUGACCUAUUCGACUGUGAACUGGAACAGUGUGCGUGUCAGGGGCCAGUGGGGACUCGUGGCCAUCCUUGAGGACGGCGUGGAAGGCUGUGCUGGCCCCUUUGCAGAGCAUUCCUGCUCACUCCCCACCUAAGCAGCACAUGUCUGCUGAGGACCCGGGAGGGAGAAUGGCUUCUCUCCAUUCCUCAAACAGCUUUUACUAUUUCUUCUCUAUCUCUUUCGUCUUCCUUGUAAAUGUUUGGGGUUUUUGUGUGUGUGUGAUCCACAGAAUCAGAUACAAGGUUAAAUAAAUCAUAAACCUCUCCCAGACCUGAGCUGGUAUCACUUGUGGCUGGG